CCUAUAUUUUUAUGAAAUGGCAACACAAGUCUGUGGCUGACAGUCAAGCGCGUUUUGGAUCUUUGAACGCUAAAAAUUGUGAUGUAAAAACGAGAAAAAUAAAUGUUUACUGGCCAUCAUGGCGAAUCCACGGAAAUUUAGUGAGAAAAUUGCCCUCCAUCAUCAAAAACAGGCAGAGGAAACAGCUGCUUUUGAACAGAUUAUGCGCGAAGUUUCCGACGCAACCCAAAGGCCGGAGGAAUUACCGUUAUCGAACCAGUAUGCUAUGGCCGGGGGUCGCAGCGGCGGCACGUCGCCGUCGCGCUCGCCGGCGGGGCAGCGGGGCCGCGCCUCCUCUUCAGUGGGCCCAAUGCGGCGCCCAGCCGACAGAAAACACGACACCAGCCCUUAUGGCAGCACCGUAUACUUGAGUCCACCGCCUGAUAGUAAUUGGCGGCGUACGCAUUCAGACUCUGCGCUGCACCAGUCCUGCGGAGAGCAACAGGCGGCGGUACAGCCCCUGUCGCCGCAUCGGACUAUGCACUCACAUGCACACCCACAUCUACACCCACACCAGAAUCACCGGAGAGGUGACAUACAUUUAGAUGUAUUAUCAGCAAUGAAUCCCGCAAACCGGCCGCGAUCGUCAUGUGAAAUACCAAGAAUACCAAACAAUAACAACACGUAUGACUGUUUCGACAGCGUGUACGCGAGCGGGGAGGGCGGGGGCGGGCUGGGCGGCGCGCUGGGCUGCGAGCUGUCGGUGCCGGGCGGGUCGCUGCCGGACCUGACGUCGGUGCACUUCCCGGCGCCGCACUACGCCGCGCCGCCGCAGCACGCGCCCCACACGCCGCGCGCCUCGCCCGACUACCAGCCGCGCUAUAACAUGUCGCCUCUAGACCACGGCUGGAUACCGUCCGGAUACCAGACGCACUGUAGUCCGCCCUCACAAUAUUCCUCUACGUCGAACAUAAACAUACCUUCACCAACGAUGGUGCACAGUCCAGGUAGUCCUGUGGAGUCCCCACAGACGGAUUACAACAACUUACACCAAGCGUUGUUACAACCUUUCGAGCAAAUCACAAUGCUGGACAACCCUGUAUCGAGUUAUAAUACGACGUAUCUCAACCACGGGUCACCGCACUCACCACAGACGACGAAUUCGUCAUUAUCAUAUCCCCAGUCGACGGCGACGAGUUGUGGUAGCGGUAGCGGUAUGGGGUGCGGGCGGCGGAAUGCGCGCGACCCGGUGGCGGGCGGCCUGCAGCCCCUCGCCUCACCUUCCGCGCCGCCCACGCCAGCCACGCCCGCCAGCAUACCCGAUAUCGUGCUCACUGAUUACUCGGGUGAGCUAGACGCGGGCAUGUUCGGCGGCGAGGAGGCGCAGUUACGCGCGGGCCUGGACCUGGACGACCUGAGCCUGCUGGAGGACCCCACGGCGCUGGUGCCGGACUCGGACGUGGAGCACGGGUUCCGGCUGGACCGCUUGUAGUAGGCCGCCCGCGCCGCCCCCGCCGCGCGCCCCGCCCCCUCCGCCGACAUGGCUGCACAUUCCGCUGCGGAUCCAAGUGUUCAUUGUGGUUAAGCGUUUACUCAUGUUUCUAUUUCGAAGGGGUAGGUAAGUAGAGUUAGUUCCGAAACGGUGACGAUCGACUUGUGGACGAUUCGUGUGCGGCCCGAGGUGAUUAUUUUUAUUAGUAUUGUGAAUAAUUUACUCGAAUAUCAUUAGGAAAUUGAUUCGGAUUCGAUCGAGUUUUUUAUUAUUACUGUUCUAUGUCAAAUUCUUGACAGUGAUUUCUUUGUACAUAAAAAGUAAAAGUGUUAACUUUGAUGAAAUUGCAUUUAAAUCGCUAAUGUUGCAUGCUAGUAUAACUACGAAUCCUUGGUUGCGUCGUUUAACGAAUUGUUAACUGGUUUUAAUACUUGAGAGCACCGUAUUCUAUUAGACAUAAAUGUUGUCAAGCAGCGACUGAAUAGAAGCGAGCAGUCCACACUGAUUACACUGGUAUAGCACGAGCUUUCCUCCGUUAUGUAGCAUGUGAACAUUGUGUCUCAAUCUCCUAUUCCUUUCUGAAUAUAGUUGUUUAGUGUAAACAUUCUAAGCCAUUGUAAAUAAGAGGGAUGCUGUUUAUGAGGUUUUUAAUAGGCUUUUGUCGCAAACAUAUCUAAAUAUGUGCGUAUGUAUGGUUGCGCGGCUCGAAUUGUAUACAUCGAUUAUGUAAGUUCGAUUUUUUAUUUUUUUAUUAUACUUGGUCUAUACAUGUAGGUAAAGGGUAGCAGUGCUCACACGCCUUGGGUUUUGUAAGGAUUUAUUGUCUUAUGAUCUACAUCACAAUUCAAGUAUCAUUAUAGUUAGUAGACAUGCUGGACAGUAAAUCGUUGGAAGACUAUAAUUCAAUACUUUUGUGAGUAUGCUCUAGUCUUUACAGCAAUUUGUUUCCGUGUUGUGAUUGUUAACACGUCAUUUGAAACUGAAAAUCUUUAUUGUAUAAAAUGUAUAUCGGAUAGCCAGUGAUGGGCACAGUCUAUCUAUCUUGGGCGAUAUGUCCAUAUUGAAAUUAAGUUAUUUCAAGUGCCAUGAGCACGUUUUAGUUGUUUAUUUUGAUGGUAAAAGUACAAUUUUAUUAUAAUUACAAGAAAUAUGUUUGUAAUUAAUAAGCUUUCAAUCACAUAUAAGAUAUUAUCUUCUAGUGUUUUUCGUGGAUACAAUCAAUGUUGUCUUCUAGAGCGGGCUCUACGGACUUUGACUUUAGUUUUAAUUUUUUCGUAAACUCGUCUUUUGUACGGCAAAUAUUUCUUACCACGGCAUUCUUCACGCUAUCUGUUUAUUCGUAAUCGUACUUAACGUACGAUUUAGCAUUUACGAAAAUGUCUCGACUGAGUAUUUGUCAAUUUAUUCUUACGAUAGGACCGUAAGUUUGCCUGGUAUCCCAUCGUUGGCUAUCCGAUAUCAUAAAAGCUUAUAAUUAAUUAUAAGCUGCGAUUUUAAUGUAGCUAGCCCGCAUUCGUUCAGGCCAGCAGUUUCCUCCUGAGUUUCAACGUUUACGUUUCGUCUUUCGAAAUACGAUUUUAAUAAAACCUGCAAUAUUUUAUCAUUAUAAAUAACGAAUUAAAACGAAACGAUAACGUGAAUUGUUCUCUAUACCCCUGUGAAUAAGUUACACAUUCGUUCGCAAUUUGUUUCCGACAGAUACUCGAUGCUAGAUCAUAUCCUUGUUGUCUGUUUAUAGAACAGUAACUAUCUGAAGUUAAACUUUAUAUAGUUAUUAAGUUUUGAUAUAUUUAGUUGUUAAAUACACCUUGCACUCGUAACAUUAAUUCAUCUAUAUGUUUUCUCUCUUUAAAUGAGCUUAUAAUUGUAUAAUUUUUAUAUUACAUGUAUGACAUUGAAAUUAUUUUAAUACGGACGGACGACCAGUUAAUAUUACGAGUGCACCGACAUACAAGUAGACAUUUGUGUUUUUCUGUUUUGUAAAUGCUCAUUAUAUUAUGUUUUAAGAGUCUAGUCAUCAAAUUAUGUUCAGGAAGUUUUAACAGAUUCAUACAAUUCAACUGAUUAUAAAUGUACAGAUUUCAUUCCAUUACAAUUAUUAUGAGGCAAUUUGAAUACAGAGGUUUGUAACAAUAUGUGUAUAGAAAGUACCGGAGCGGGGUCGAGCGGGCCUCCCGCGGCUAUUUGAUACCUGCUCGUUUACAAAAGUCAUAUCUAUUGCAACAUAAGUAUGUAUUGUAUAUCUUUAUGUUGUGUACAGUGUACGCAGAUUUACGACUGUUCGUGUUGUUAUGGUUUUAAAGUUUUAUUUAAAAUUCCGCCAUAGAGGUAUGUACUGUAUGACAGAUGAUAUACUUGUACUGUAUAAAUAGUUAAUGUACGAUAAUUGUGAUAAAGUAAAAAGCACAACAUAAUUCAUUGUGAAGCCUAAUCUGACGUUAAAGUAAGUUUCUUUUCUUAUUAAAUUUUAAAUAGUGUUUUCUAAAUUUAGAUACAUUAUGUACAUGUUAUAUAAGCUAGUGUCUGCCAAAUGCAGAAGUUUACGAAUAUCGGUCGGGUUUGAUUUUGAGUUUGAGUCAGGUGCAAUAAAUGGAGUAUGUGUUAAAAUGUUUCGACUGUCAUGACACUAUUCAUUGAAUAUUAUAAUGUCCAUGUUAUUUUAUUGUUCAAUUCGAAAAGUACAAAGUCUAAAUUGUGAAUGUUCAGUUGCGACUGUGCGUGACGAUGCCGUGCGUAGUAGAGCGACCGCGCGACGCGAGCCAUGUGACUGACUGUCUGACUACGUGACUGAGUGACUAUGUGACUGCAUGACUAUGUGACUGCGUGGCCCGAGCGCUCUACUACCACCACGCAUUUGAAAAGUACUCAUAGUUAUAAAACCUGUUGGAUUUUUUUACCUUUUGCAUUUUGGAGUUAAGUUAUAAAUAGUAAUAGGAUAAAAUGUAUGUGCAGUUAUGAGAAUGUUUUCGAUGCCCUUGGAAGCAACGAGACACCAAUCUGUGUGAUCGAGUAUUUCUACAAUUCUUAAAUCUAUAAAUUCAUACGACAUUUAAUUAUAGGACAUAUGUUUUUUCUCAAAUAUGCACAAACUUAAUGAAGAUUUUGCGGUAAAAUGUUUCAAAGGUUUGUUUUAUUUAAACCAAAUGUACAUAAGUGUGAUAGAGAUGAAACGGUCUCAUUUAAAAUAAAGUUGUUGUAAGUAUUUGUUUAUUUUUCAUCACUACCUUUAGUUCCUGAUUCACCACCUUUAUAGGUAGGUGUAAGUACCUACCCGAUUAACUUAUGUGGCACACACUUCAUAAAAAACACUGUUCAAAUAUAUCUGGCGCAUGAUGGCAAUACAGAUUAAACAGUCCCUUAAUGAGUCUGACAUUUCUUUCCAAGUAUCUAUCAGUCCUGUAACAACACCCUAUCAGUCAUAAUUAUAGCGGUGCAAAAGGAAUGAUCUACCGCGGCACGGCUCGAAACAGGAAGAUG